GAAAGUUCCGAUAUCUCCAAAUUUCACCUCUCACCAUCACCAGCACAACCACACAGCUCACCAACAAUCCUACCUACACCUACACCUACCCAAACCCAAACCCCAUAAGCAAGAAAAAUGAACUCCAAUUCUUUAGACGACAUCUUCGGCUCCUCCCCACCGCACGAAGAACCCCAGUUUGAACACCACCAACCCGAAUCAACAGUCACAACCACCGAACCCUCCGACCUCCCCUCCCUCCGUCGCCAACACGUCACAGCCGGCUAUCGCGACGGCCUCGCCGCCUCGAAAUCCACACAGGUGCAAUCCGGCUUCGACGCGGGGUUCCCCGUCGGCGCGCAGCUCGGUAUGCGCGUUGGCACCGUCCUGGGGAUUCUGGAGGGUGCGAUCCGCGGGCUGGAGGUGCCGAGGAAAGUUGUCCGGAAGGGUGGGUCUUCUUCCUCGUCUGCUUCGAGUCCAAGUGCAAAUGUGAAUGCGAAGGGUGGGGUCGCGGGUACUAGAGGUAAUGACACGCUGGGAAAGGGGAAGGAUGGUGCCGCGACGGUUGUUGGGUUUGAGGACCUGGGUUCUCAGGGAACAGGAGUAGAUGCCGGGGUAGCAACAGCAACAGCAGAAGAUGGAGAAUCCACUCGGGAGAAGAAACGCGCGGAAUUACUGGGUCUUUAUCGGCAGGCGGUGCGGGAAUUGGAUGUUCGGAAGGUGUUCGAGGGGGUUUCGGCUGAUAUUGAUGAGGGUCAGAAUCAGGAUACUACGUCUGUCGGAGGGGAUCAACAGAAGGCGAAAGAAUUGCCGGAGACGAAGUUGGCGAGGAAGGCUGAGGAGGUGGUUUUGGCUUGGGAGCAGAGGGUUAGGGUUGCGCUUUGGGAGGAGAAUAUGGAUGCGUUGGAGUUGAAGGAGUUGUCGAGUUGAAGUUAGUAACGCGGCGUUUGUGUGGCGAAUUUUUGCGCUACGGUCAUGCUUUUUUGUUGGGCUGGCUCUGGCUCUGGAGCUGGAUUUGGAGAGGGAGGGAAGAGGACGUACGAGGUUCCUGUGCGUUGCGCUGUGCUUGCUUGCUUGGUGGCCCGCCGCUGCCGCCGUCGACUGCGACAAUUCGGUGUUCUGUGCCUUCCCAUCCGUAUGGUUGGAGGACAGAGACUGAGACCCCAUCGGUCGUACCCGGCAAGACAAGACCUCUGUCUCAGUUUCAACGCGCUGCAUCCGCGAAAGUCAGUGUCAUGACUCGCAUGAGACAUGCAGACGGACAGAGCGGCAGGAUGAGAUACAUCCGUCGACGGGAGCGGAGCGCUGGACGAGCC